GUUGUCAUCACACAUUCCAAUUCCCGCAGUUUACCACCGUUGUUAACCAUUCCUCUGGGCCGAAAACACCGCACCAAUAUAGUACGUGACACAAGCUAUAAUAUGAGAGCGCCUGUUUAACACUACCGUCGGAUUACGACAGGGAAUCGUCCGAUCGGGCAUCCUUAAUUAAAUCAUGUGCUAGUUAUACCGAGAAAUGACGUCUACCAAUUGAAAAUUUUAGUGAAACUUUGGGGAGUUUUUUAAGCUUUCUUGUGGAACGUAGGCUACGUCGUCAACACCCACUUUUUUAAACAUGGAAAAAUUUGCUGUGGAUUUGGACAAGGUCUUAGAUGACUUUGAGUUACAAGAGGACCAGGCAGAGCAGUUUGUUAAGAAUGGUGAAAAACUUGAUUGCUUGGAAACUGAGGAAUCUCGGGAAAAUUUUCCUGAAUUAUUAGAUUUUAUAACAGAACCACUUGCUGAUUCUGCCAGUCAUCAAAAGGAACUUUCCCAGUUCUCAAACCUUGUGGGCUGUGAAGACAUUGAAUCCAAAUCUCCAUCAACAGAUGCCCCAGAAUCAAAACAGACUGAGACAUCUGACUGCCUAAUAAAAAAUGAGCUCCUGGACUUAAAGUCUAGUGUGGAUGAAACUACUAAUGAACAUUCCAAUCUGAAUGAGCUACUUCUCGACCUAAGUGAAGCCUUGGGCAGUGCUCUUGUCACAGAACAAUCUGUUAAUUUGGAAAUUGAAAGUUCUACUUUGCUGGAUCAGUCAUUCACUGAGGAUGUAGUAACUCAGCCAUUGUUAUCUGACAUUAUACAAAAUGGAGCCUUCAAUCCUUCUCAUCCAGAUACUUUAACAGAUGAUGAACUUGAAAGUUAUCUGGCUGAAUUGGAAAAGGAAGAAGAAGGAGAAACAUCAGAGCCCACACUUGCGGGAAAAAUAGGUAGUGAAGAAGAAAAUAAUCAUAUACCAAAUUGUUCACCGGUAAUACUUGAAACUGACAAAGAGAUUAAAUGUUCCAUUAUUGGUGAUGUAAAUGAAAAAACACUUCUAGUCCUACCUUUGGCUGAAGAAGAGGAAAGUGUACCACUAUCUGACAGUGAAGUAACAUCAACAGAGGAAUCAAACGGCUCCUCGUUUAGUGAUUCAGAUUCUUCAGACGCGCAUCCUAAUCUACAUGAAGAUUCAUUCAGCACUGAGGAAGAAAUGCCUCAGUUGAUAGAUGAUCCUUGUCUAUUAAACACAGAAAAUGUCAGUGAAACUGUGCCGUCCCAGAUUACGGUGGAUCAAAUAGUCGAUGGCUGUGAAUCGAAUCCUUCUCACAUGCCUGAGGACAACCUUGCUAACUCAUCGUCUUGUGAAGUGACUGAACCAGUAGAUGGGGUAGUUGUGGAAGAUAUACCUGCGCCGUCGUUAAAUGUUAAUGCAGAGAAUAACGUGACGUCUGUGAUGUCAGAUUUCUCACAUGAUGACAAUGCACCUUUAGAGCCUUACAGCAGCCUAACUGAAGAUGAACGCCUACUUGGAGUACUAAAGCCUGUUUGGAUUCCCGAUGAAGAAGCUCCUCAAUGCAUGAAUUGCAGUCAACGAUUUACAGUUAUUAGGCGACGACACCAUUGCCGUGCAUGCGGUAGAGUUCUCUGCAGUAACUGCUGCUCGUCACGUGCUCGUCUUGAAUACAUGGAAAGCAAAGAAACACGGGUGUGUUUACCAUGCCUUCAAGUCCUAAGGAAAGUUGAAGCAUAUAAAAAGUGGGGCAGUUUAGCUGAGGGCCAAGCUUCAACUAACACAGUGGAUAGUGGGAGUCAAAGUAGUGUUGACUCCACACCAACCUCUAGUCCCUCUCCACAUCUUCCUAAUCCAGUCGUCAGAGUCAAUGUUAACAAUCCCUCCGAAUACUGUUCUACUGUACCACCUGCUCUCCAAGUAGCUGCGGCUGCUGCACUUCCGACCCCAACUGUGAUGGUUCCAGUCCCAGUUGGAGUCUUGAAGAAAGAAGGAACACCAUCACAUCCGCGAACGAAGAGCGAACCUAAGCAGGUAAUUUUUAGUGAUGGAAUUCGGCCUGGAGGCGACUUGGCUGAAUUGGACGCAUGGCGUGCACCAGUAGCUGAUUCCCAGUCUGGCAUUCAUCGGUCGGUGUCGCGGCGUGUCCAAAAAAAAGCAUCUAUUACCACAGCAACGCCAGAAAACAGUGCUCCUCAAGAAAUUAAAAACCAGCAUAUGAUAAAGCUCGUCCCCUCUCUACCUCCAAUCGUUAACGGACCGGACUCAAUCGAGCAAUUACAAUGUGCGUUAGCCGAUCCUAUCGCUCCUUCAGUGGUAUUUGCAAUGCAGUCUAGUCAGUCUGGAGUUGAUCGACAUUUACUAUUGGUACGAGUAAAACUACUCCAACUUGAUUGCUGUGUUCGGAGGAAAUGCUGGUCAUUUGCUACAUGUGGAAUGCGCUGGGUUGCUCAAGACGAAAUAGUAAUUCUAUUAGAACAGCAAUCCGACACUUCGACUGAAAAUAGCGUGGUGGAUGAAUUAUUGCCUCCUGAAGAUAUAUUUUACCACCUCCUUUCAAUUUACGAAGAGGCUAUGAACAAACACCACGUUAUCAUCAACCUAGGUCAUACAGUCACUCCUGGAACAUUUUUAGGUUCAACCGAACAUGGUGGCUUCUUGUUCUUCCGUACAACUUUUCAAUGUGUACAGCAAUUAUCCUUGCCACCUCCUCCUUAUCUGGUUGGGGUGCUACUACAACGAUGGGAGAUACCUUGGGCUAAAGUGUUUCCACUUCGCCUACUGUUGCGGUUGGGAGCAGAAUUUCGCUACUAUCCUUGCCCACUAUUUAGUGUCCGCAAGCGCAAGUCGGUUUUUGGAGAAGUCGGGCACACCAUCGUCAACCUUUUGGCUGACAUGCGGAAUUUUAGCUACAGUUUACCGGCAGUCGCAGGGCUUGUUGUACACAUGGAAGAAAAAGAAACUAACAUUCUACUGCCCAAAUCGCGUUAUCAGCAAGUUUGCAAAGCAUUGGCCCAAUCGAAUGAUCACGUCAUUUCACUUGCGGCUUCGUUUAGUCCACAAGCGGAUGCCCACCUGGUCUGUCUUCAGUUGGAUGACGGAUCUUACCAGACUCAAGCUAUUAACAUACAUACACGGCCACGAAAAGUUACUGGUGCAAGCUUCUUAGUGCUUAACGGCGCUUUGAAAAGCUCUAGUGGCCUUAGUGGUCGUUCCUCAAUUGUUGAAGAUGGAGUGAUGGUGCAGCUCCUUCCCGACAUGCUCAGUAAUCUGAAGCAGGCACUUAUUCGAAUGGAAAAUUACACCAUUCAGUGUGGGAAAAUAAUUAACGAACAGCCGGAGGAAACGGUUACUCUUAAAUGGGUGGACACAGAACCGUCUCCUGUCAAUACAGGAGUUCAGUCACCAAUCGAUGGUCGAAGCUUUACCGGGAUAUCGUCGAUCCGUGUCAUGCAGCCACGGGAUUUUAAAGGCGAAGGGCAGAGACUAUUGCGUUGGACGGAACUGUUCAUUAUUAAAAUUGAGGACAGUGCACACUCAUCUUCGAGCAGAAUAGAAGAUAACGGAGACAUCACACGUUUUGCUGAAACUGUCGCUAAGGGGGCGUCUAUGGCUCUGGCUGCGAAGCUCGCCAGCCUAGACCCUCAUACUUUAAUUGGGCUACGUGUUUCACUGGAUGGAGAUUCGGUUGAGUAUCAAACUGGAGCUGGUCAAGCUCCUCUUCCUAAUACGUGUGUCGAGGAGUUGGAUUCGUCUCUAAUCCCUAUAUUACAUCGAGAAUCUUCAGGUCAAAGUGUUCCGUGUAUAAUGGAACUUUGGUUUCAAAUCGUUCAUCCGUAA